AGUGCUUCACUCUUAUUCGGAGCGCAGUGGGGUAGGAGCAGCUUCAUCGCACUGCGGAGCUUUUAGUGAUUCGGGAUCAAUUAUUAUUCUGGGAUAUUUCGAUGAGAUGUUAUUGGAAAUCGUCAACGCACUUACUCCCACUUUAUCAGAUCGUGGUUCGAUUACUGAACAAAUUUGCACAGCCGAUCGCGGGUAAUUUUACAACUUGGAAACGAGAUAAUUAAAGGCUCUUAUUCUCUUGAACUCUGGAAUCAUUACCAUGAUAACCGCGUCCAUUGAGGUCGAGCAAUUGUGACCUUAAUUAUUCCCGACUUGAGGUUCGUAUUUUUCUUCAAUUUUGUUUCUUUACCUCUCCUGGUAUGACGUACAUGAGACUUGUUUCCACGGAAGAAUAGACCACAAGCUGCUGACAACACUUCACACUUGUGUAACCAGUCUUGUUAAUACCAAUUGAUAACCAGUUGAUGGACAUCGCCGCGUCUCACCACUAAGCCUCUUAUAUCUGCAUUGUUACUCUUCGCUUAGGGUUCUGACCCCUUCAGGCUUAAUGUUCCGUUUAGAAUCGUCGCCUGGCAGUUAUAAUGGAAUGAGUUGAUUAUAUUUUGAAUGGAGGGUAGCACUGGAUAACCAACAUCCAGACGUAUUAAUCUUUAUUAAGCUGAUUGGAAACGCGUGAACAUUUGGAAUCCGUGAGGCUGGUUGAAGCCGACACCCGACCAAAAUGGGGGUGACGGUGAGUAAGAACGAGGGGACGAACACAAGGACUAGUAAACCCCUGCAGGAUUUCAAGAAGGUGUCAACAAGGGUAGGAAAGAUCGGAGUCCUAGCCCGACAGGCCCGGCUCAAGAGCGAAUCGAAAAACGGGGACGCGGUACCGACAUAUUCCUCAACUUCUCAUGGACACAGGGAAGAUUUAACUCUUCAGCCUAAGAAUGACCAUACCUCAUAUCGGAGACCUUCCGUUGCUCAGUUCUACGACGGGGACGAUACAGGACAUACUCUAGUAUACAAGGACACUGCCGACGCUUGGGCGGCGCUCAGGGCAGGUACGGUCGUGGACAGUGUGGAGGAAAUUCCCGAAACUGAAAUAAGUGUGGUGGAAAGUACACUUGGAGGGUACAAGACGGUGGAGAAAACGCGGGGAGCAACGGGGACGCAUCAUGUCAUGAGCGAUGGCGAGUUCGACAGCGGGACCGACUCCACCUAUUUGGGGAGUAUCAGAGACCAGCCUUUAUCGUCGAGCAAGGAUGAUGAUUUCAUCAUUCCUUUCUCGGACGGCGUCGAACCCGACGGAUGGAAAGAGAAGAUUGAAUCGGAGCAGAAAUGCACCCUCUGCGAGACCAACACAGGGCACGAGCUAUUCCCGUGCCGGAUAUGCACACUCGUCUUCCACGAACCCUGCAUGAAAAGAAAGGGCCAACUCCACGACAACGAGUCCAUCAAGGCGCUACGUCAGGCAAACACCAAUAUCGGCUGGUCGUGCAGCGAAUGCGAGAAUCUGGGGCAACUCCUUAGUGAUGAUGAGAUGUUUGAACUGAUGGAGAUUUUCGAGAGAUGCGACGUCGAUUCAGAUGCAACGAUCUCGCUUGAGGAGUUCAUCGAGUACCGGCAACUGGUGAUCAAAGAACACGAGAACCGUCCUCUCACCGAGGACGAGAUCGAGGACGAAACUCGCAACUUCAAGUCGAUGGACACCGAUCGCACAGGGAACCUAUCAUGGUGGGAGUUUCUUAACCACGAAGCUAUCAGAAGACUAGCAACUAGGUCAAAGAGAAAGUUGGUUCAAGUGCUGAAACCGAAGGAGAUCCAGGCACUGAGGUCGAACUUCGUCGUCUUCGAUACGGACGGUGACGGAUGCGUGACGGAGUACGAGGCAAGACGAGCCUUCAAAAGCUGGUUCUCAAAGUUCAUCGAAGACCCUUACGAGAUGUCACCAAGUGCACAACGUCGUCUCGGUAGCCAGACAUCGUUAAGAAUGACAUCAGAGCUAGCUACACAUGUUGAUACAAACACUGGACUACUGAUGGGGGCGGAUAGUGAUCGAUCAGGGUAAGAUAUUAAGAUUUACAAUCCAAG